AUUUUCACAUAGUGCACGAUAUUUGAAAAAGCUGUAACUGCAUUUAUACUCACACAUAGGAAUAUUCUAUAUAAAAUCAAUAUUGGAGUAUUUGGUGUCCUCGAGAGCUUUCCCAAUUCAUUGCAUGAAACGAUGAAAAUUGCAAUUUUAAAUUAGAAAAUUUUCUUAUUUUCUUUUUGUUUUUGGUUGAAUUUCAAGAGUUUUCAUGUCAAUCUUUGAAAUAUUGUUCUGUGGCAUGAAGAGAGAGGUUCAAGUGAUUUUUUUUUUGACGAGACUGAGGAAGAUGCUGUCGUCUCCUAAAAUAGUACCUCGCGCUUUUUCCCCUAAUCAAAACGAUAUUCACGUGAAUGUGGAUGAGCAUAGUAUUAGUACGUUUUUACUGUGGUAUGUGUUGUGUUGAUGGGCCAGUGUACAAGUGGAAUACUUGGUCUAUGUACUUGACUUUCAAGUCUCGGUACCCAGAAAGUUGUGAACAGUUUCAACACACGCAGUUCAGUGUUUCAAGAAAUCGCGACUUGGUUAGUGCCUCCAAUCGCGCUUCUCCGUCACAAAAUUUUUUUGCAUUAGCGUAAAUCGCUCUUGCAAUAAAGCGGAGGGUGACCCUAAUUUACAUUUUUACUUGAAAAUUAGUGAUUCCCUAUUCUAAAACCACUUUGAGUAUUAAUGAGUUUGGAUUUAUGCUAAAUAGUGUGUGAUACACAAGUCUUGCAUAAGUUGCUCUCUGCAGUGCAAAUCGCCAAGAAUUGUGACUUGUUAGAAGUAAUUUUUACGCCAAGAGAGAGGAUGGAUGAAUUUAAUCUCAUGAAGGCACAUAUAAUAGCAUCUAUAGAUGGCCACAGCAGCUGUAUUCAUCGUCGAGCUUCAAAGAAUAAUGUGUCCUCCGUCGAACCGUCAGUUCUUAUGGAAAAUGGAACAACAAAGAUGAUGAAUGGCACGACAACGGAGGAAAAACCACAGAUUAAGGCUGAAACUAUCACAGCAGAUUGCAGUGAUCACCAAAUAUCAGUGAAUGAGUACAAAAAACUGCGGAAACUCUUAUGCUAUGACGAUGCGCCAAAAUACCUGCAAUUUAACUCCUACAUUCGCAAUGGCUACAGAAAUCUACUUCCAACCAAAUUGUGCCUUGAAAGUAUUUUCUGGUGGACUAAUGAGACGAUAAACAUUUGGAGUCACAUUUUUGGAUGGUUCCUAUUCCUAGGACUCAGUUUCGUAGACAUCACCUUCCUCAACAUUCAUGCCACCACCCAAGACAAAAUUGUGGUGUGUGCCCUUCUCAUUUGCUUCCAGAUGUGCAUGAUUCUGUCCUCGGUGUACCAUACCUUUUCCUGCCGAUCAGAGAAAGACUACGACUGCUUCCUGGCUUAUGAUCUGCUCGGUAUUGCCUUGUCACUCUUUGCUAUCUACAUUAGUGGCAUUUACUACGCUUUCUGGUGCCAUGAUAAUUUAAGGAAUUUCUACAUUUUUACGGUUGGAGCAAUUUUCAUAACGGCUUUAAUUCUUCAAAUACCCAAACUGAAAGUGCAUUCAAAUGUGAAGAUGCUCAUGUUCGUCGCCUGGGCUGCCUAUGGAGUGAUCCCAACAAUUCACUGGACCAUUGAGAUGGGUGGAUUUGAGAACAGCAUGGUUCGCCUUCUUAUUCCACGUGUUGUCGGAAUGUACAUUAUUGUCGGCUUGGCCUUCCUCAUUUACAUCACUCGCAUACCAGAGAGAUGGUUUUCCGGAAAAGUCGACUAUUUGGGCCAUUCCCACAAUUUGUGGCAUAUCCUUGUUGUGUGUGCUCUCUACUAUUGGCACAACACAGGAAUGAUGUACGCUAUACAUAUGAUUGAAAACGGAUGUUUGGAGGAAAGAAUAAAAUGCUAUCAGAUUCCUUCAGACGUAACACUUUCUUCAUAAAGCUUCUAUAUCCUAUUUCAUAGUAUGAUUUACGUUGAGUUUAGGAUGAACCAUGGAUGUGCGACGAAUUUAAAGAUAUUUUAGACAAUAAAUUUGGUUAUACUGUU